CUCAACCUGUUGCUUUUGCGGAAAGCUGUUUAUCUGCUCUGCAGUCAUUCCGGGCGACAACAGCAGGAAACAUGAGGCUGCUGCUGGCCUCACGGUAAUGACUGGAGUCAGGUAACCACCGGGCAGACCGACUCUAUUCCUCCUCGCGGACGGGGUUAGACACGAGGGGAGCGGCUUUCCGGGACGAUUUCACUUCGUUUUUAUCAAUGCCGCGACUUUCUCUCUGAAACAAACUUUACAGACUUUUUAAAAGUUCGAUAAACGUAGCAAGGUGUCGUCCGGUGUUUCUGUGACGAGCGUCGCUUUUGGGAGCUAGCUCAGUGCAGAGGCUACUCAGGUGUUCGCGGGGAAGUUUGUGUCGUAGUUUUUGGGACUUAAAAAUAUCAAGUGGCAGAGUUUGAACAGGUGCAGGAUGGAUGACGUGGACAAGUACAAACAGCGAAUGGAGGCCAUUGCUGAGAAGCGCCGGCUGCAGGAGGAGCAGGACAGAGCCAGGAGAGAGAUGGAGGAUGAGAAGCUCAGACUACAGCAGCUCAAGAGGAAGUCUCUGAGGGACCAGUGGUUGAUGGAGGGAGCUCCCUUGUCUGCAACCUCCCUGGACGCCCAGAGCCCUCGUUCCCCUCUGUGGGGCUCCCACGCCCAGGAGAUUGAAAAGCGCAUUGACAAGUUGCAGUCAGAGAAUCAGCGGUUGGCAGAGGAGGAAGAGAAGCUGAAGGAACAGAUGGAGGAUGGCCAAAUGGAGUCAGUGAAAGUGGCAGAGGCCAAAGCAGAAAUUGUCCAAGAUGCCGUUGUGCAGAACGGAGAAAACAAUGCAACAGGAUUAGAAAUAACUAAAGAUGAAGUGAAAACAAACCAAAGCCAUCUACUGGAUGAAACUGCAGCUGUCCUAACCAACGGCAGAGGAGACUUGCAGGCAAACACCAGUCACGAUGCUUCAGAGCAGAGUAAUCAGUCUACCACCAACGGACCAGUUGUACCCUCUGAAGGUGUUGUUAUCUUGAAGUUGGACCCGGGGUUGAGCCUGGGUGUUUCUGAGGCACAGCCUGGGCAGGUUCCAAAUGCCAACAUUAAUGAGGAGGAAGAAGAAGGCACUCUGGUGAUGAGAGCAGAAUGUAUAUUCAUCACAGAUGAAGGGGAUGAUGUACCUGAGGAUCGCACACCCCAGGAAGAUCAGCAGGAGACCAUGCAGUUAGAGGAAACCCCUCUGCCGAAUCCAGAAGCAGGCAAAGAGGGAGUGGAGGCUGUGGAGGAGGUAGUAAAAACAGAAGCAACUCCAGAAUCUUUCACGCAACCAGAGAAGAGUGAGGCAACUGAACCCGCUGCACAGGCACAACCACCUACUGGCGAUGGAGACAUGCAGGAUGGCGUAAAGACAAACAAAAAUGAAGAUGGACAGACAGAUGCUGAAGGACAGGACAAACAAUCAGAAGAUCCGACCUCUGUGCAGGUGCAGUCCCAAGCCAGUGCUCUAGAGGGCACUACAGUGGCUCCGGUGCCAUUCUACCCUGAGGUGCGAUCCUCUGCUCUCACCUCCAAGCUAGAGGUUGUGGCUGAAUCUGCAACUACACCAGAAGGAGCUGAGGCAGCAUUAAAAGCCGAGGACCCUGCCACUCUGCCUGACCAGUUCCAGGAGGUGCCCCUGGCUGAUCCCCAGGAGAACCAGAGAACAGAGGCAGGGUCGUGGGAGCAGGAACCCCUUCUGUCGCAGGCCAAAGCCCCCGACACCCAAGCAGAGCCAGCUGCAGCUAACAGCCCAGCCGGCACAGAGACACACAGUCCGGCCAGGGCUAACCAGGGAGAAGAGACUGGGGCACCCAAACGCAAAACCUGCCGGUGCUGCUCUGUCAUGUAAAUGCCCUCUCUGUACAUUUAUUUUCUCACUCCCUCUGUAGUCUGUCUCUCUGCUGUUCAAUUCAUAACACACUCCUUCCCUUGUUUUUGUUUUAUGCACCCAUACUUUUUUAAAUCAGAAUGUCCACAAGCUACUUCCCUUUCCUCCCCUAACUUGUGCCCUCAUUCCUUGUAUUCAUCUUGAAACUUCCUCAUCCCACUCUUCAGUUUUGAUACUCCAAGAGGAAGUGAGUGCUCUCCAACCUGAAGACAGGGGUGGUAAUGACUGGAUUUGUGUUUAAAUGCCUUGAGGAGCUCUCUACUAAGCACUACACUUUCAAAUUCUCUUCACACACUGUUUGAGUUUUAUUUUCCUGGUUAGCAGAUGAGCCUCUAUAUAGCAUCAUAAAACCCACAUGUUAGAUGCUGUUAAGCAAAAAACAAACUAAAGAUGUAUAAUUUUAAACUGUUGUAUCUACAUGUAUAAUUCAUUGCGUAAUUUUUCAUAAUCUAAAUAUGAGAUUUAACUGGAUAAGUCUGGAGAGGUUCAGAAAGGAUAUUGUUCUAAUUUAAUGGUUUUAAUGCUGAAUUAUUUUAUUGAUUUUGGUCUUUUAUUAUUUUUUAGAGAGAUUUUUAAUCCAAGUAUAGGGCCUGAACAUUCUUCGCUCUGUAAUACAGGUUUUGACAAUACUCAGACUAAUAGUAUGAAAUGGUUUAAUUUAUAAACAACAGCGUGCACCGCUGAAUAUUUUGUGGGCCGUUGUCAGUUUUAAAAGUGAAAUUAUUUUGAAAUACUUGAAAGUAUGAAUUUUGUAUUUUUAUUACCAGAUGUGCGUUUGAAGAGAGGCUCCAGAGCUCCUGACAUAGCUUUGUGCAAGGAUGUAUAUACUCUAUACAGAAACAUGUGGAACUGAGAGUGUCAGCUUUGAAAUGAUUGCUGAAUGGUUUAAUGAUUAAACUGAUCUUUGGAUACAUUGCUUGAUGUUCAUCCAGAAUUUCAGUGGAUUUGUCCCAAAACCACAACAUUGCUUCAUGCAAAAGAAACACACUGGAUAAUGUUUAACCAUGUGUUUCAUAAUAUUAUUUCUUUCUUAUUAUUAUUCCUUAAUCAGAGACAACUAGUUUAGGACAGCUGUUUGUCAUAAUCUCUCCUAGCACACUUCAGAGAAUUGGAGUGGGAGUAUACAGUCCCCCUCAGAAAGCUGCUAUUUCUCUAUCCAUACAGCUUUGGUUGUUGUAAAUAUUCACCUGAAGGGAACUAACAGGAUCUAUCUAUGAGGGAUUCUGCAAAAAGAGCAGGGUCACAGGGACUGAGCGCAUGAGAUGUUGUCCCCCACUUAUGCAAGUACAUGGAGCUUGUCAGUUCCCAGCAGUGUCUCUGAUGAAAGGGGUGCUGCAGUGGGCCCUGUAACUGUGAAAAUAAGUCCUGCUGAGCUGAUAGCUCCCAGGGGGUCCUGUCCAACAACAAUGGGAAUUCAGAGAAUCAUCGCAUGAGGAGCCAGGACCUCUCUAAACUAGACAGGAGGUGGAUACUCAUCAUGUUAUUUUUUCAUAUUUUCAAUUCUUCAUAAUACAAUUUCUAAAACUAUGAGAACGCAAGAACUGGAUUUUGCUGUUUUUAUUCACAGAUAAGAUUUGUUGAAGCAUUCUCUGUUUAAUGCUUCAAUUAUCAUUAAUUGAAGACUAUUUAAAAACGUUAUGUGCAUAUAAAACCCACGUCUCAAAAAGAAAAAGUCAGAUUAAUCUAGCAUUUCUGCUGCUCGGGGAAGAGCAAAAAGAUACUGAGAUCAUAAAGUUCAUAGCCUGUAGGGAGGUAUACACUCUUAAUUCCUUUGAUCAACCAAACAGAUAAAUACUUGCAAUAUGUAUACUGACUGUAAGUUUAACAGUAGAUGUAUGAUUCUCUACAGUGCGUCAGUAAUGAAUCUAAAGGGGCAGAUUGUGUGUACUGUUGCAAAGAUGAUCCUGCUGUUUUGGCUGGAGAUUAACAUUGGUUCACAUCUCAGAUUUAUUCCACUAAAAAUGUAAAACAAUGUCAGAUAUUGCUAAACUGGAACUUUCUGAUACUAUUUUCACCAUGAAACAAUAAUUUCAGUUCAAAACUACAGUGCGAAUGAGACUAGGUAGAAAUAUCCUCAGAGGCAGGCAUCCAGUUUUAUAGGGAUUUCAACAAACACAAUACAUAUGUUGAAGUUGUAGCUCUGAAACUGAGCCAAUAAGAUUAUUUUCUGCUAUUUACAAUAUGAGUUACAGUGAACUCACUACAAUAUUACAUGUGCGAUUGAGAAGAGUGUAAAUAAUCAGGAAUCACAGUAUUCAAUUAAUUCUUAUUUUACCAUCACAGAGAGGUGGACUCUGCUCGGUAUUGUGAAACUGGACUUUUCUGAUGCAGCUAUAAAGCCAGACAAACCGCUAUACUGGCACCACUUUCAGACAGACACUGCAGUGCCACUGAGUCUGUCAUAUGACUUCAACAUACGGAGACAUGUUUGCUGUGUGUGCCAUCGCUCUCCUCUGCUUGAUGUCUGUGAGCCAUUCAGCUCCUCUGGACUGCAAAGAUGUGGUCCGGCCUUUGGAAAAACUGGAUCCUCAUCAUUUGGAGGGCAGAUGGGCUUUGGUUGCAGAGAGUGUGAAAAUCAUUGAAGCUCCAGAGCCUAUUAAACCAAGCAGCAGCAUAAGUAUUGAUUUCUACAACUCAACGUACACCCAAGCCAAUCGUCAUGGUGACUGGUGCCAGUAUUCUUCCCGGAACAUCUCACUAGAAGGCAAUAACUUUAACUUUAAGGUUGGACAGAGCUUUAACUUCAGUGGGACCUUCUUCCAUACGUCAUGUGCAGACUGUGUGGUGUUCAGCUUUGCCGUGCAGUCACCAAUUUAUAAGACAGAGGAAUUUCUGCUAUUCAGUAAAAGGAGGGAGGUGGACCAGAAGGAGAUGAGGGAGUUCAUCACUCAGGUGGAGUGUCUGAAGAUGCCUGAACAUGUUGUAAUGGAUCCUACCGUGGCGCUUUGUCCAGUCCGCCCCCACCAAGACAGCUCAGACUGAGGAGAAAACAGAGAAUCCAAAGGCUUAGGAGACUUUGGUACAUGAUAUCUGUUCACAGUUUGAAUAAAAUGUAUGUUGAUAUAAA